UGACAGAGCAUUGAAGUAUCUUGUUAUAGGAACACAUCUGGUGUGUAUCUCUAUGAAAAAUCUGUAGUCAGUCCCUAUCUGCUACAGAAACGUGACUGCUAGUAGCAGCCCUGCAACCUAUUGUGUACAAGAAGUACAUAACCGCUGAAACCCAUUCUACUUACUGUUUGAAUAGCAGUAGAGCUGAAGAGUCUAUCAUUCAAUGUGCUCCUUAUUUCACAUGAAUCUAAUACAGCUGCAGAUGUUUCACCAUAGCACAACCUUCCUCUAACUGCAAUCGAUCCAAAAAUAUCAACAGCCUUAGGACUAUCUGACCUUUACAAGGUGCUGCAUUCUUACUCUAGGUGAUUGCACAGACUUGCCCAAUCUUUGUUUUUUCACUGAAGACUCUUGUUUUAUAGCCUGCAAUCUGGCUUUGCAUCUUUUUCUUUCUGGAUAACUGCCAGAAAUUCCCCCCUUCUCCUAGUUGCUCAGGACUAUAUUCUUCUUAUUUAGGAAAAGCAGGGCUUGUAUUUAAUAACUACAUUAUUUUUAUUUAAACAUUAUAUAACUCUAACACAAGAGCAGCCAGAGCCUGGUUUUGACUACAAGCUGCAGCUCUCUGCAAUCCAGAACCCCACCUUCCAAAAUAGAAAAUCACUUUUUGAUUUCUGUAGCCACCUUGAAUCCUGAGGUAAUAAUUAGCUGCUCCACCCUGAGGAUGCUUUAUCAGUUGCUUUGGAUUAACACUAAAUCCCCACAAUGUCCCUGAAACCACGAGUAGUUGAUUUUGAUGAAACAUGGAACAAACUUCUAACAACAAUUAAAGCUGUUGUAAUGUUGGAUUAUGUUGAAAGAGCGACAUGGAAUGACCGCUUCUCGGACAUUUAUGCUUUAUGUGUGGCCUAUCCAGAACCUCUUGGAGAGAGACUUUAUACUGAGACUAAAUUUUUUUUGGAAAAUCAUGUACGCCAUUUGCACAAGUGUGUUCUGGAAUCUGAAGAACAAGUACUGGUUAUGUAUCAUAGAUACUGGGAAGAAUACAGUAAAGGGGCAGACUACAUGGACUGUUUAUACAGGUACCUCAACACACAGUUUAUUAAGAAAAACAAAUUAACUGAAGCUGAUCUUCAGUAUGGCUAUGGAGGUGUGGAUAUAAGUGAACCACUGAUGGAAAUAGGAGAGCUAGCACUUGAUAUGUGGAGGAAAUUAAUGAUUGAGCCACUGCAGGGUAUCCUCAUUCGAAUGCUCCUCCGAGAAAUUAAAAACCGAAGCUAUACUUCUACAAGGCAAGCUGAAUGUCAACUUUUGCAUUUGUGUUUGAAUACAGCAGGAAGCAGACAAGAUCAUGAAUUUGAUCGCUGUGGAGAAGACCCAAACCAGAAAGUAAUCCAUGGGGUUAUUAACUCCUUUGUUCAUGUUGAACAGUAUAAGAAAAAAUUCCCCCUAAAGUUUUAUCAGGAAAUUUUUGAGUGUCCUUUUCUGAAUGAAACAGGGGAGUAUUAUAAACAAGAAGCUUCAAACUUAUUGCAAGAGUCAAACUGCUCACAGUAUAUGGAAAAGGUUUUAGGUAGAUUAAAAGAUGAAGAAAUGCGAUGUCGGAAGUACUUACACCCCAGCUCAUAUGGCAAAGUAAUUCAUGAAUGCCAGCAGCGAAUGGUAGCUGAUCACUUGCAGUUUCUGCAUGCAGAAUGCCAUAAUAUCAUCAGACAAGAGAAAAGAAGUGACAUGGCAAAUAUGUACACACUGCUUCGUGCUGUGUCAAGUGGUUUACCUCAUAUGAUUCAAGAACUACAAAACCAUAUCCAUGAUGAGGGCCUUAGAGCAACCAGCAAUCUUUCUCAGGAAAAUAUGCCAACUCAGUUUGUGGAGUCUGUUUUGGAAGUACAUAGUAAAUUUGUUCAACUUAUCAACACCGUUUUGAAUGGUGACCAGCACUUUAUGAGUGCCCUUGACAAGGCUCUAACAUCAGUAGUAAACUAUAGGGAACCCAAGUCGAUCUGCAAAGCGCCUGAGCUGAUUUUGUUUUGCUUUUUGUUUUUUUUACUUGAGCUGGCCAAGUAUUGUGACAACUUGCUGAAGAAAUCAGCCAAAGGAAUGACAGAGAAUGAAGUAGAAGAUAAACUUACAAGUUUCAUUACUGUUUUCAAAUACAUUGAUGACAAAGAUGUUUUCCAGAAGUUCUAUGCCAGAAUGUUGGCAAAACGAUUAAUUCAUGGUUUGUCUAUGUCUAUGGACUCUGAAGAAGCCAUGAUUAAUAAACUAAAGCAAGCCUGUGGUUAUGAGUUUACCAGCAAGCUCCAUCGAAUGUAUACAGACAUGAGUGUUAGCGCUGAUCUCAACAAUAAAUUCAACAACUUUAUCAAAAACCAGGAUGCCAUUAUAGAUUUGGGAAUUAGUUUUCAGAUAUAUGUUCUACAGGCUGGUGCAUGGCCUCUAACUCAGGCUCCUUCAUCAACAUUUGCAAUUCCUCAGGAACUGGAAAAAAGUGUACAGAUGUUUGAAUUAUUUUACAGUCAGCACUUCAGUGGGAGGAAGCUUACUUGGUUACAUUAUCUUUGUACAGGUGAAGUAAAAAUGAACUAUUUGUGUAAACCUUAUGUAGCCAUGGUCACAACAUACCAAAUGGCAGUACUGCUUGCCUUCAACAACAGUGAAACUGUCAGUUAUAAAGAGCUUCAGGAUAGCACACAGAUGAAUGAGAAGGAACUGACAAAAACCAUCAAAUCGUUACUUGAUGUCAAAAUGAUCAACCAUGACUUAGACAAGGAAGAUAUAGAAGCAGAGUCUACUUUUUCAUUAAAUCUGAACUUCAGCAGUAAACGAACAAAAUUUAAAAUUACCACAUCAAUGCAGAAAGACACACCACAGGAGAUGGAGCAGACCAGAAGUGCUGUAGAUGAAGACAGGAAAAUGUACCUUCAAGCUGCUAUAGUCCGUAUCAUGAAAGCACGUAAAGUGCUGCGACAUAAUGCUCUUAUUCAGGAGGUAAUUAGCCAGUCGAGAGCUAGGUUUAACCCAAGUAUCAGCAUGAUUAAGAAAUGUAUUGAAGUUCUGAUAGAUAAACAAUACAUCGAGCGAAGCCAGGCCUCAGCAGAUGAAUACAGUUAUGUAGCAUGAUGUUGCUCUCCAGCAAGUGUGGUUGUAAGAGAGCAUUGCUGUCACUGUUUGGUGUGUUCCUGUGGGAAGAAGCAGGUCUGUGCCUCCAUAACUGGUCACUUGGCAGCCCCUGUUUUUCUGCUGUUUACAACAUCACCAGUGCCACGUCAUGAGCGUCAAUGAAAAUGCCUAUAGAUAUUUCAAGCUCAUGUCAUUAUGACAUUUCUUAAAACUUUACUAAAAGAAUGAGUGAAGUAUUGCUGAAAUGUGGAAAUUUGGUUGGGUACCAUGCUUUUUUUUUUUUUUUUUUUUCCCCUCCUUCACGUUUGCAGUUGAUGUUUUUUAAUGUAUCUUAAAAUAAAAAGUUAAACUAAAUAUUGUAAUAUGACAAAUAUCCUAAUAAUUGUAUCUACAUUAAAGUGUAAAAUAAAAAAGAUGAACA